AUGUCGUCCGCAGAAGCUCCUCCCGCUAUCGGCGCCAACGACCCAGUCGUCGGCGCUGGCGCUCCCGCUACGGGCGACCUGAAGGUCGACCCCGCUGCUGCUGCGCCUGCUCCCACUGCUGGUGAGACUUCUGCUGCUCCCAGCUCUGGAUUCGCGUCGCCUCCUCCUGGAACCACGACGACCACCACGAUCACUACCACCACUUCGCACGCCCCUGACGCCAGCGGCCUGUCGGCCACCAGCCCAAGCAGUCCAGCUGUGGGCUCCGCUCCAGGCUCUGGCUUUGCUGCUGCUGCUCCUAACGGUGUUGCUCCCGCUGCGAACGGUGUUGCUGCUCCCAACGGAGCUGCUCCCGCGCCCAUCGCGACCGCAGCUGACCCCGCCGCACCUGGCUCGAACCUGGUCGCGAGCCCCGUUGCUACUUCUCCCGCUGCCGCAAACGGAGCUGCAGCUCCCAACGGAACGACGAAGGCUGCUGACGUGGCUGCUCCUGCUGCAGCUGCCGCUGGCGGCUCUGCCGCUGCUGCCUCUGUGCCCUCUCAUUCUGCUGGCCCUCUGAGCGCCAAGGAGGUCAAGAAGUACGACAAGCUGCUCAAGAAUGAGGCCAAGCACGAGGAGAACGAAAUUGCUUCUGCUAUCAAGGCUGCUCACACCGACGAGAAGGCCAUGCAAAAGGCCCGCAAGGCUGAGCAACAGAGUGUCAAGCGCCACCAAGCGGCUGUCAAGGAGGAGCACAAUGCAUCCAAGGCAUUCAACAAGGCCAAGGAAGCCCACGACAAGGCUGCUGCUGCCCUCGCCAAGGCUGUCGAGGAGCUCGAUAUCAAGAAGCGUCACACCGAGGCCACCACCACGUCUUACGAGUCGACCAAGAAGAAGAUUGACGAGCUGCGCGACACCAAAGUCGCCCACGACAAAGACCGCGCUCGUCGCCAAGCUUCUCUUCACGGCACUCCUGCCUCCUAG